CUCUUUUUACAAAUCCCAAAAACGACGUCGUCGGCUCUUUGCGAAAAAAGCUCAAAAACUCUUAUUAUUCACCAGCGUCGACGACUCGCUUAUUCUGCGCCUUUAUUUUUUCCUUCUUUCUCCGCAAUGUUGAAAAAGUUUCCAUUUUGGGAGCUCUUCAGUCUCUCUCUCCUUCUCUGCUUCGCUCUCUUAUCUUCUACCUCACUCGCCGACUCAGACUCUGACUCAGAUCGCCUCGACCUAGACCACUCCAACUCGUCCGAGUUCAAUGUCUCUCUCUCCAAACCUAAAGAAGGCAGCUUCGCUCACAUGAUCGAUCAAGCUCUCGCCAACGAGUUCCCCGAAAACGAUCAACCCGAAGUGGCUGAUUCUGGAAGCUUCAACAACAGUGUAGCUGAGCAACAGGCAACUCUGGAAACUGUAGCCAGAGUUAGAACGAAGAAAAAUGACACAAAAGAGGAAAAGUCAUUUCAACUUCAAAAUGUUUUUAAUCUUGAUAACGAUAAUCGAGCUGAAGAUACACCUACAUUGAUAGAUCGGAAGGACAAUGUCUUUAUUAUAUCCAAUUUUAAAUCAAAAUAUCCAGUUCUGCAGCUAGACAUAAGAUUGAUAUCCGAUUUGGUAGUUGUUAUUGUGUCCGCAACAUGUGGUGGCAUUGCCUUUGCUUGUGCUGGACAGCCGGUUAUUACUGGAUAUUUGCUAGCAGGAUCGUUUAUUGGACCUGGAGGGUUCAGCUUCAUCAGUGAAAUGGUCCAAGUUGAAACAGUGGCCCAGUUUGGUGUAGUUUUUCUUCUUUUUGCACUGGGCUUGGAGUUCUCCAUAACGAAGCUUCGCGUUGUUCGAGCAGUUGCUGUUCUAGGGGGCCUGCUACAGAUUUUCUUAUUUAUGUGCCUGUGUGGCAUACUAAUAUCGUUAUGUGGUGGUAAAGCUUCUGAGGGGGUAUUUGUUGGUGCAUUCCUUUCCAUGUCUUCAACAGCAGUGGUAUUGAAGUUUUUGAUGGAAAAAGCCUCUACUAAUGCCCUUCAUGGCCAAGUUACCAUUGGCAUCCUUAUUCUGCAGGACUGUUGUGUGGGUUUACUGUUUGCUUUGCUCCCAGUUCUGGGUGGGACUUCUGGUGUUCUUCAAGGAGUGAUGUCCAUGACUAAACUGUUGGUGGUGUUGAUUACGUUUUUGGCUGUUCUGUCAAUAUUAUCUCGUACUUGUGUUCCUUGGUUACUUAAACUGAUGAUAAGCCUAUCAUCACAGACCAAUGAACUAUAUCAAUUGGCAUCAGUUGCGUUCUGCUUGCUUGUAGCCUGGUGUAGUGAUAAGCUGGGGCUAAGUCUAGAACUGGGUUCCUUUGCUGCUGGAGUGAUGAUAUCAACAACUGAUCUAGCUCAACAUACACUAGAACAAAUUGAACCCAUUCGCAAUUUGUUUGCGGCUCUUUUUUUAGCCAGCAUUGGGAUGUUGAUCCAUGUUCAGUUUCUCUGGAACCACGUGGAUAUAUUAUUAGCGUCUGUUCUUUUGGUGAUCAUUGUAAAAACAUUCAUAAUAUCCACUGUUGUCAAGGGAUUUGGUUACAACAACAAGACUUCGCUUCUUGUUGGAAUGUCUCUGGCACAGAUAGGGGAAUUCGCUUUUGUUCUUCUCAGUCGUGCUUCUAAUCUUCAUCUAGUUGAGGGGAAAGUGUACCUUUUGCUUCUUGGGACUACAGCUCUUAGUCUGGUAACGACUCCUCUCCUUUUCAAGCUAAUUCCUGCUGUAGUGCACCUCGGCGUGCUACUGCGGUGGUUCUCCCCUGACAGUUCUGUCGAGAUUGGAUUUAAAGGAGAUAACCUCCGCACGGAAAGUGGAAAGCAGCGUGUUAUAUUGAUUGACCCAGGAUCUCAUGAUUCAUGAAGACUGUAUAUGAACUGAAGGGGGAUUUCAGUUUUAUAUGACAAGUUAUACAUUUAGCACUGGCUUUCGCGUUUCACCAAGUUGAUCAGAUUCUAUUGUGUACAAAGCUUUUCCAUGAUCUGUUACCUGUUACUGAUCAGACUAGAGAUCAACAAAUCAAUUUGAGCAUCUGAAAUUUAAGAACGGGAAAGAGGUGUAAAUCUAACUGUUGAAAGGACUAACUGAUGAAAGCUUUAUCUGUGAUAUUCAUUCGUCUCCACUGUGCAACUUGUGGAGACCAUUCUUUCUAAAUGUAAGUUGUAACAUAGUUUCAGUUUUGUAAUAUAAAGUGAUUGAUUUCAAAUAGUACAGAAUUUUGAAUGUAUCAAGGGACGUCUGUUUCUUUAUAACUUUAUAAGAUUUAUUUUUAGAGUUUCAAUUUUGUAAUUGUAAGUGAAAGUUUUCAUUUA